AUGGCCUUGGCGACCGAGCCCAACCCGUCUGAUGGAUUUAUUAGUCUAUUGAAGCGGGCCACCAUCAUGGCUGAACUCGAUCAGCUCAAGAUCGAUUGGCCGGCAUCGGUCAAGGCAUCUGGUAGUGAUUUCACUCCCCGUGGUCCUCGCGAGGGGUCAGAUGAGGAUGCCGACAAGACUGAGGACAGAAUGGAGGGAGAAUAA